UGGUUUCACGUCCACCGACAAACCCUCCAGCGCAACACACGCGAUCGACGCCGGCCGGAAACGUCGUCACUCCCGUCACAUCCUUCAACCCAUGAUCACGAUAUAGCCAAGUCUUGACUUCUGGGUGCGAUGAACGGCACACCGCAGGUUCGGAGAGGCGUGGGAGGCUUCCCAUCAACACCGCAGAACACGAACCGCUCUCCCGGCCUACAGAGCCCAAAUGGCACCACCCCGCGACCCAACAUCAAAUCGCCGCUACCAGAUCUGCCCAAGGCCCCCGCACAAUCAAGCUCAGGGCCCCUGAUACCCUCAGACAUCCUCGAUCCUGCCCAACAGCGCUUCUAUGUCUUCGCCCUCUACGUCGCCCUAUGGGCAUACCGGACCUACGACUUCUAUACCUUGGCCGUCGAGGAGGAUGAGUCGCUAUGGCUGUGUCUGAAAUGGUGCUUCUUCGAUGUGCUGUUCAUGUUCGGCGUGCCGCUUCUGGAGAUUCCCUGGCUGGAAUGGGGCAAUGGCGCUGCCUUCCUCCUGUUUGUGCUACACGCGGGCUUGGAUGUCAUGCUCAUGUUUAGAAUCGGCAUACCGGUACAGGCAUGGCUCAUGGGCUUGGUGGGCUUCUUGUGGGAUAGUGAAUUGGCCAUCAGCGAACGCAGCGUUAAGCCUGGCGCCAUCCUCCACAACGCCUCUCUCAUCCUGGGAAAGCAGAUUGUCAACAUCUUGCCUGAGGGAUCCGCAGUAUUGAACCCAGACAGGCAGUCGUUCUGUCUGAACUCGUCCGUCACCCAACUGGAGAUACCCAUCAUGAUCAACCAGACCGAGCCCCACGAAAUGGAGAUUUUGCGCAUCGAUAUCGAUACGAACGUCAACGAAACCAUCAUCGUCAAGAAAAGCGAACUAAAGACUAUGCUGAAGAGGGCUAGAAAGACGCAGAAGUCAACAGACCCUGACGAUCCGUUGACUUUAGCCUAUACCAUUAAGAAGCCAGGUGUGUAUCUGCUGAAGAAGGUUACAGAUCAAUCGAAGCUUUUGGUGCGACCGCGAUCAACCAACGUUGUAGUGGCUACCUGCCCACAAGCUCGCGUGAAGCCAACUGGCAACGAUCGUUGCCGUAGCGAUCUAUCCAAUGUGGCGCUGGAAGUCGAGGGCACACCGCCUAUGAAUGUCAAAUACCGCCUUAUAGUGAACGGAAAGCCUCGCGGCGGAUCCCAGUUCCAAAACCUGCAGCCGGACGAUGCUAUCUCACCAUUGUCCAAACACACAUCGCAAGCACUGGUCAAGAGCGGGCGUGAAGACAUAUCAUGGGCACGCUCGCACAAAGUCCUAGUACCUCUGAACGAAUCGCUCACGACUAGUGGCUCAUGGGAGUACGAGAUUGAAGAGGUGCAGGACGGACUUGGAAACUUCGUAAGCUAUGUAAACGUCGAUGAUGACGAGCGUCCAAGGCCCAAGGCUGCGGGCAUUCGUCAACUGUUCGAGGUUCAUGAGCGCCCUACAGCUUUUCUCAGGGGUUGCAGUCCACAGAACCCGCUUCGAGUACCCAAAGGUGAAGCCGCUCGCCUGCCAGUCCAGUACGGUUCCACCGGCAAAAACGCAAUCGACGGUGCGCACACCGUUGAGUACUUGUUCACACCCCAAGAGAACAUCAUCGCGGACGGAUACCAUAGCCCAGAUGCCGUGCUGCAGAAGCAGGUUAUGCGAAAGGGCGAGCAACCUACUAUCAAAGUCGCAGGUCUAUACACCAUCAAGUCUGUGUCGACCGACUUCUGCGACGGCGAAGUUUUCGAACCUACUUCGUGCCUGCUGCAGAACCCACCUGAGCCGGAUCUGACCCUAGACAGCGAAGACAUCAUUGAUAAAUGUGCUGGUAAUCCUAUUGGUCUUCGCGUCGGCCUCGAUUUUGUCGGUAGCCCGCCGUUCCUGGUCACCUACUCUGAGAAGAAAGACAAUGGCCGAGAAAUCAGGAAGCCACCGAUCCAGAUCGCAAGCCUCCGCAGUACAAUUGAUCUCACCCCCCAAGAUGCCGGUCAUUACGAAUAUACCUUCAAGACGAUUAGCGACUCUGUUUACAAAGAGCGGUCCCUGAACAACAUCAAACUUCAACAAGACGUCAAGCCUUCCGCACAAGCACACUUUAUCGAGAGCAGCAGACCUAAGCAAGCCUGCAUAGAUGACGUGGUAGAGUUCGACGUUGGUUUCGUUGGUGAGGCGCCCUGGAAGCUGGAAUACGAGAUUGUUCACAACGGCAAGCGUACGAAGCGUGCCAUCGAAACUGAGAACGCGCAUUACGUUAUACGAACAGACAAGCUCAGCAGCGGCGGCGAAUACGUCGUAGCUUUGACGGGCGUUACCGACAAGUCCAAAUGCAAAGAGGUCCUCAAGGAGGAAGCUAGAGUCAACGUACGUCACGAACGACCCAAAGCCUACUUCGGGCACAUUGAAGGCAAGCAAUCUGUACUGGCUCUGGAGAGCCGACAAGUCGGAUUACCCCUCCGCUUUACUGGAAGCGGCCCUUGGCUGCUAGAGUACGAAAACUUGAAGACCAAGGAGAUCAAGAAGGACAGUUUCCAGAAUCCCAACUCAUGGCUCGACGUCAAGACAGACGGUACAUACCAGCUGCUCUCCGUCAAGGACUCUGUUUGUCCUGGUUUGGUCGAUGAGAAGGCCGACCAAUUUGAUGUAUCCUGGGUGGCACGUCCUUCGCUCAGUGUUCCUGAGAGUACUGCAUUGUUGGAAGGCAGCAAGUACAUCAAAGAUGCCGUAUGCGAGGGCGAUGAAGAUUCGUUUGAUGUUUCCCUGACUGGAAACGCUCCUUUUGACAUUUCCUACCGACAGGAAUACAAGGACAAGAAAGGAAAAACAGCUUCCGUCAGCGAGAAGGAUCUACACACCGUUGGUGGUCUUGCAUCGAUUCGAUCGGAAACCUCAAAGGCUGGUACCUACGAGUACACCUUCCUCAAACUCGCAGAUGCCAGGUAUGAUCACUCGAAGAAGCACUUCUCGCCUGUUACGAUCCAGCAGCAAGUCUACUCGCGCCCUGGUGCUCGCUUCGACAAACCUGGAAAGACAUACAGCUACUGUUCUCGAGAAUCAGAGGGUGAAGAAGUCAUUCCCAUCACUCUAGAAGGCGUUGCGCCAUUCUACCUGGAAGUGGAGAUCAAGCAUCAAGGUACCCCUAAGCCGGAGAUCAGCGUGCACAAGAACAUACCUACGAACAAGUAUGACCUCAAGAUCGAGCACCGCAAGAUGCACCUGGGUCACUCGUCCAUAUCCAUCCGCAAAGUUCGCGACUCGCGUGGAUGUACCCUCCGGCCCCCGCCUGGUGGUCCUCGUGUCCAGAUCAGCGUUCAUGACGCGCCCACUGCUACACCUCUCGAAGACCGACAGGACUUUUGUGUCGGCGAGCGUCUAUCUUUCGCUCUCAGCGGCCAGAGUCCUUUUACAGUGUACUACACUUUUGAGAAGCAGGAGCGCAAGGCCUCCAACCCAGGCACCACGUUCCGCCGUCUCGCCGAACUUCCAGGAACGUUUACCAUAACUGGUGUACGCGACUCCGCCUCAGAGUGUCUUGCAGCGCUCGACCUAACCAAAACCAUACAUCCAAUCCCCUCCGUUCGUCUCUCCGGAGGCCAAGUCCAUGAGAUUGACAUCCACGAGGGUGGCGGUACGGAUCUAGAGUUCCAGUUCUGGGGUACGCCGCCUUUUGAGUUUACCUACACACGAAGCACGAACGCAAACAAGGGUCGCAAGAGCAAGGUGCUGGAGAUCAAGACCGAAAUCAGUCAUGAGAUGACUAUGAGUAUUCCUGUUCAGGAGGAGGGUACAUAUGAAGUUGUGUCCAUCAAGGAUAGGUGGUGUAGCUUUGCGAAGCCUGGCGAGGGCCACGAUGGUAAAGGUGGGCAGAAGAUGUUGACGUACUGAAAGUGAAGAGGAGGGAGGCAAGGAGUUGUCUUGAUGUGCAUGGAUUGGCGUUUAGCGUUUCCUCUUUGACGUUUUCUGAGGCUUGCAUGAGAUUUUGGAUGUUUGGAAGGUCUUUUUGGCUAUGGAUGGGUUUUGGUAGCGUGUGAGAUAGCGAUGAGCAUUUAUUGUCGAAAGUCUGAUAUAUCCACUUUACCCACCGAAUCACAAGGUAUAUACUUGACAUAUCUCAUGAGUAGAUUCCGACACGGGAUCGAUCCGUAGCGCAAUCGCGAUCUCGUACCUGCAUCU